AUAGUUGCUACAUCAAAACUAGAUACAAAGAAUCAAUCAGACUGACUCAGUAAAUAAAUCAAAAAUUAACUACACAUAAUUUUGUCUAUAUCCAAUAUCAUUACCUCAAAGCUAACAUUCAAAGGUUCUUAAACUAUAACCAAACCAUUAGUCAUUGAUUACAUUAUUAAACUCAUUGAUUGAUUGAUUACUAUACUUAUCACAAAACUCUCCUCAUAAAAGAUAAGGUAAAUUAAAUUAAAUAAAAUUAAUCAGAUAAAAUAAAAUAAAAUAAAAUAAAAAACCCACCAUAGUGGGGAAAAGAAUAAUAGAAAAGAAAACCCCACUUUCCAUAUUGAAUGCAAGAUACAUUGCAUGUAUUAAUCAACCAUUCAUUGUAUGGGAAUCCGUUUCCCACUUGUCUCUUACAAUAAAAACCUUCUCUUUUCCCCCUUAACAUAACAUCAUCAUCAUUUUCAUUCUUCUUCUUCUUCUUCUUUCAACAAACCUAAUUUUCUCUCUUCUUUUUUUUUGCCCUAUUUCAAUUAGGGUUUCUCAACUUUCAACGUUUUCAUCAUAUAAUCUUCAAUUACUCUUUCUUUCUUUCUUUCUUUCUUUCUUUCAUGCAUAUUUGCCUUCAAUCCUCACACAUCGAAAUCACCAUCUUCUUUUUCUUCUUUGUUGUUCUUUUUGCUCUCUUUCGAGGGUUGUUUCAUCUUUACCCAUGUCUCAAGUCUUCGGCUUUUCUGGUGAUAACUUUUGCCAUGGGGGUUCAAUAUACACAAACCCCAAGGAAGCUAGUUUCUUCCAGUCUCUUGGCCACCAAGCUGAUGUCUACUAUCCUCCUCAGAAGAGAUCACGUAUCAGCGUUCCAUUUGUUUUCGAUGGAGAAUGGUUUGAGCAGAAGCAGAAAACCUCUAUUGAAUCUUUACCAGAUGAGUGCCUCUUUGAGAUCUUUAGAAGGUUGCCUGUAGGUGAAGAAAGGAGUGCAUGCGCAUGUGUUUCCAAACGCUGGCUUAUGCUUCUAAGCAAUAUUUGCAAGAGUGAAAUCUGUAACAAAAGUACCAACUCAGAUGACAAGAAUAAAAUGGAAGUUGACAGUGAAGAGUUCGGAGGUGAGGGAUAUCUUUCCCGGAGCUUAGAAGGAAAGAAGGCAACAGAUGUUAGACUUGCUGCAAUUGCAGUUGGAACCGCAUCACGAGGAGGAUUGGGAAAGCUUUCAAUCCGUGGAAGCAACUCAGUUCGUGGGGUGACUGCUCUAGGUCUCAAAGCAGUUGCUAGUGGAUGCCCUUCUCUAAAGGCUCUUUCUCUAUGGAAUGUUUCUUCUGUUGGUGAUGAAGGCAUAAUCGAGAUCGCUAAUGGAUGUCAACAGCUAGAGAAGCUUGACCUCUGCAAAUGCCCUGCAAUCUCUGACAAGGCUUUAAUCGCAGUUGCAAAGAAGUGUCCAAAUCUGACCGAGUUAUCAUUAGAGUCUUGUCCUAGCAUUUGCAAUGAAGGUCUACAAGCUAUUGGAAAGUUCUGCCCUAAUCUGAAAUCUAUAUCUAUCAAGGACUGUGCCGGUGUUGGUGAUCAGGGAAUUGCUGGCCUGUUUUCUUCAGCUUCUUUGGUUCUGACGAAAGUGAAGCUCCAGGCUUUGACUGUUUCUGAUCUUUCUUUGGCUGUUAUUGGACAUUAUGGAAAAUCAGUUACCGAUCUUGUCCUUAAUUUCCUUCCAAAUGUUAGUGAAAGGGGCUUCUGGGUUAUGGCCAACGCUAAUGGAUUGCAUAAAUUGAAGUCACUCACAAUUGCAUCCUGCAGAGGAGUAACAGAUGUUGGACUUGCAGCUGUUGGAAAGGGUUGCCCUAAUUUGAAAAGCGUACACCUUAAUAAGUGUGCGUUUCUCUCAGACAAUGGAUUGAUUUCAUUCACCAAGGAAGCUAUAUCACUUGAAAGCCUACAAUUGGAAGAGUGCCACAGAAUUACCCAAUUCGGGUUUUUCGGUGUCCUUUUUAACCGUGGUGCUAAAUUGAAGGCUCUUUCACUUGUAAGCUGCUAUGGGAUCAAAGACUUGGACUUGGAAUUUUCUCCGGUAGCUCCUUGUGAAUCACUCCGUUCAUUGACAAUCUGUAACUGCCCUGGAUUUGGCAACGCUACCCUUUCUGUACUCGGAAAGUUGUGCCCUCAGCUUCAACAGGUUGAAUUGACUGGACUUAAGGGAGUGACAGAUGCUGGUUUGCUUCCACUGCUUGAGAGCUCCAAGGUUGGUCUCGUUAAAGUUAAUCUUAAUGGUUGUAUCAAUCUUACCGACAAAGUAGUUUCAUCCCUGGUCAAUCUACAUGGUUGGACUCUUGAGGUUCUAAACCUUGAAGGUUGUAAAAAUAUCAGCAACGCUAGCUUGGUAGCAAUUGCUGAACACUGCCAAUUGCUUUGUGAUCUUGAUGUUUCCAUGUGUACAAUCUCUGAUGCUGGGAUGGCAGCCCUGGCACAUGCAAAACAGUUAAAUCUACAGAUUCUUUCUCUGUCAGGCUGCACUUUGAUUACGGACAGGAGUUUGCCCGCUUUGAGGAAAUUGGGCCACACCCUUUUGGGACUAAAUAUCCAGCAUUGCAAUUCGAUUAGCAGCAGCGCAGUUGAAAUGCUUGUUGAACAUCUUUGGAGGUGUGACAUCCUCUCAUGAAUGCAAGAUUUAUUCUCACUCGGCAAUUUAGGCUCGAAACAGAACACGCAGAAGUCUAGUUACACGACAUAGUAGUUUUUUGGUCCAUUGACUUUGGGUCUUGAUCAUCAUCCAGCAACCUGGUUCCCUUUUUCCGGAGUAUGCAGUCAUUUAACCAUCAUUUUUUCAGAUUCCUAUGAUUGGAAUUCUGUUUUUGGCACCUUAUUUGGUUGCCGCCUUUUAAAUGGCUGCAUAUCUCUGAGAACACAGCGACUGGGUUCUGGAGUUAGGAAUCUUUUGUUUCUUUGUGUUGGCAGCCCGAUGUUUUUAGCUCGGCUUCAUAUCGGUUUUGCCACAAUGUCAUAGUUCUAUGUCUAUGUUUUUACAGUUAUCUGUACCAUCAUGUCCAUAGGUGUUUUGACUCAAAGGACAGUUUCAGUAUUUGUGCUCUUGUUAGGGUUGUUGCAGUUGUCAGGUUCGGUGUUAUGAUGCCUUGUUUUUGGGGACCUUGGCCGUGGCGGCAAGUUAUACAUGUCUGCCAUGACAAUCUUCUUCCAAGAUUGUUUUUUUAUCAGGCCCUAGUUUUUUUAAGGCUUCAUUUUUUAUGAACUUGUCACUGUAACUUCUCUAUAUUGUGUAUUGAUGCUGAUAUUUGCCUUUUGUGCUGUAUGGUAUAUUACCACAAUGAUGAAAUAAAAUUUGCAGUUUCUUUCCAAAA